CUGUCCCCUCUAUCCCUCUCGCUCUACCGUCGUGCUCGCUCGUGCCCUCCCUGUACGCACACGCGUGGCACACGUCGAACCCCGCGUACCUAUCGGGCGGAGCAACCGCUUGUGCUCGGAGGAAGAAGAGACUCGAAUAUCCUUCCUUAUUCGGUGCCGGCGCAACGAUACGGCGUGUGUAUGCUGCCGACGAUAUCGCGCGAACUCUUCGUGUUUGUGAUAACGCGCGCCGACGACGACCGGCGGUAGUGCGCUCGCGAACAGUGCAAGUUUCGUUCGAAGAGUUCGCCGUGUUCCCGCCAGUAGCACGAUCACCCGCGUUUCAUUGUUCACCAAUGGUUCAUAUUCUGGAAGUGGUAUCGUCGCAUCGGAACGACCUGCAAAUGGUACUCUUCCCGCUUGGCCUCCUGCUACUAGUGCUCUAUAUUAUUCUUACAAUAAAGGAUCUUUGCUGCCACGGCCAUCUAACUGUCAUCGCCGUAUCGAUGAACCGUCCUAUUCAAGUGAAGCCGGCGGACAGUGAAAACCGCGGAGACAGAAAGCUGUUCGUGGGAAUGCUAAGCAAGCAACAAACUGAAGACGAUGUUCGACAGUUGUUCACUGCCUUCGGCACAAUAGAGGAGUGCACCAUCCUCCGUGGACCCGACGGUAGCAGCAGAGGCUGUGCAUUCGUGAAACUUUCGUCGCACCAAGAAGCACUGGCGGCGAUAAACUCUCUACACGGUAGCCAAACUAUGCCGGGUGCGUCAUCCAGCAUAGUGGUAAAAUUCGCAGACACUGAUAAAGAGAGACAACUAAGACGCAUGCAGCAAAUGGCCGGGAACAUGAGCCUUCUUAACCCCUUCGUCUUCAAUCAGUUCGGCGCUUACAGCGCUUACGCUCAGCAGCAAGCGGCGCUUAUGGCAGCCGCGACUGCACAAGGAACGUAUAUCAAUCCAAUGACCGCAUUAGCCGCUGGACAAUUGCCGCACGCAUUGAACGGCAUGCCAAACCCCGUAGUCCCGCCAACUUCCGGUUUGCUCGUAGGUACCGGCACAGGGCAACCGGUGAACGGGGCGAUACCGUCGUUACCGUCGCCGACGAUGCCGAAUUUUAACAUGGCCGCUCAGACGCCGAACGGCCAGCCGGCAGGCUCGGAUCCAGGUGUCUACACCAACGGAAUACCGCAGACUUAUGCGGGACCGCAGGGGCUGCCCAACGGGGAGGCGGCACUUCAGCAUGCCGCCGCAUAUCCUGGAAUGCAAGCUUAUGCUGGAGUGGCCGCUUACCCCGCCGUCUACGGCCAGUUUCCUCAGGCUAUUCCUCAGCCGAUGACCGCGGUGGCGCCCACGCAGAGGGAAGGAUGCUCUAUCUCAGGACCCGAGGGCUGUAACCUCUUCAUCUACCACCUGCCCCAGGAGUUCGGUGACGGCGAACUCAUGCAGAUGUUCCUCCCGUUUGGCAACGUCAUCUCCUCCAAGGUCUUCAUCGACCGGGCGACCAACCAGAGCAAAUGCUUCGGUUUCGUGUCGUUCGAUAAUCCGGCGAGCGCGCAAGCAGCGAUCCAAGCGAUGAACGGCUUCCAAAUAGGGAUGAAACGAUUAAAAGUCCAGUUGAAAAGGCCCAAGGACGCCAGCCGGCCAUACUAACCCACGUCCUAGCCUAGAAAAUCUGGACGGGUCGCACCCUACAUCAUAAAUUACAGAAUGUCGUACGAGAACGUGAGCUCGAUGGACGCUCGACGAUCAGGAGUGACGAGUUUGAAUCACCGUUACAACGCUCUCCAUCGUAACAACUUAGUAUACUAGCUAGUUAAUUCAUUAGAGGAUAACAAUUUAGAGGUCAGUAGGACAACGGCUCCGUCGUUGAAGUGCGCGGCGGCGGCGAAGAGGCUGAAGCGAAAGCGAAGGAUGUUCUGCGCUGAACCCAAUCCGAGAGAGCCGGACGAGGCACGCUGAAACGGGUGCUUGGAUAACGAACCCUUCGUCGACACACACGAACACCCACAGACACACAGAGACACCGGCUUUUCCGUUCCCUUCAUCUACUCCCGUUCGAAUCUGCAUGUUUCUUUGCUCUCCGCGUUUAGCCUCUGUCCCUACUGCCAGGUGAGAGAUUACGUUCGAGCUAUAGGACGAGGGUCGAACGGACGCUGAGCGUGCAGCGGAGAACAUUUCGAGGAUCCGAUCAUCCCGGGGAGACCCGCCUGGAGCACCGGAGCCCGUCGUUCCGAUACGACGACCAUACCCACAUAUGUACACACACACACACACACAGACGCGGGUAACGUCGUCGCGCCGCGAAGACAAUAGCUAUCGCGAAGUAUCCCGGCAAAAAGCGCUUCUAGGACUCUCGUCGUGUUCGUUGCCAGUCGGUCAGUCCGACGGCAACGCGACGCUCUAUAACCGUGCCGCACACGCGAGUGUGCAGAAGUGUAUCGUCGCAUCGACCGGAGGAAGGCAUCAGCACGAGACGAACGUAGCCAUCGCGAUGGAGAUACUGCGACGGCGGUGCAAGAUAGCCGGAACUAGAGGCAGGCUCGUCACGGACGAGAUAUAUCUCUCUCCCAAAACGACAAAUGUCAAUCACAUUAUACAGGGUGCUCGUCUCGCGAAAUGUCUGAGGACCUUAAAAGAAAAAAGACAAAAAAAGACAAAAAAAAUGAGGAGGAAGGAGAAGAAGAGACGAACAAGAGAGAGAAAGGAAACACACACGUGUAGAAUCAUCGCGACGAACAUGGGCUCAGCGCCGAUCCGACAUCCACGCCGGAUAUCGGUUCUCCUUGUAACGUUUAAGGUUUAAACAAGUACACGAUGCGCUGUAGGUUUUAUAUACCGCAGGUAGUGGAGAGAGGUACGCGCGCGCGUGCGCGCGCGCGCGUGCCGCUCGCCGAGGAGGCGAGAGAGAGCCUCGGACUCGCGCGCCGUCCGCGUGCGCGCGCGCACGGUGCUCGUCCUUCCCGUAAUAGCACUUAUUACUACUAUGGUUAUGACAAUUAUCAUUGUAAUUAUCGCUAAGGAUUAAGUGACACGCGAGUUUCCGGCCGAAAGUAUAAUCUACACUCUGUUGGUUCCUGCGCGAACAUCGAGGGGGAGGGAACCGCGAUCGCCCCGUCCGCGCCAAGUCUCGCGACCGCUACCGCGGCUCGGUGAUCCAUCGGAUCGACGGAUGACUUCGCCCGAUCGGUAAGCAUCGCUCGAGAAAUGUCAGCCAGGCUGUGAUUGUCCAAACGAAAAACGUGAGGGAGGGCGACAUUAGAUGGAUGACAGCGUCGCCAGUUACGGUACUUAAUUUUUCUUUCCGUUUUCACGUUGCUCUCAGACGGCACAUUAUAUGAAAAAUCUAUAUGAUAGCUAUAUAUAUAUAUAUAUAUAUAUACACACGUAUAAUUAUUAUAUCUUGCCGCGCGUCUCUGCUUUUUCGUUACCGCGGAUAAUAUCGGGGAGAGGAAAGGUAAAUAGAAGACGGGAGGGAGGGAAUAGAUAAAGGAGCGGAAAACCAAAGAUAAAGAAGCUGUAAUAUAGUUAUAUCGAAUAAUACGCAAAGUCCUAGAGAAACGCUUGUGAUCUCUAUCUUUGAGCUGCGAUAUGAGACGAGGGAUCUCUUUACGUUUGAUUUUAUGUUUCCAGCAUAAAACGUUGAAUUUUCGAUACCUAUUCGAAUGAUUUGCCGUGUAAUGUAAUUUCUCGGUAUGAUUUUACGCUUUAUUCGACGUUAGCCGGGACUUCGAUACGAGAUAAGCCGGAUUCGGACGAAGACGCAUUUCGCAACAAAGAAAAAGAGAGAGAGAGAGAGAGAGAGGAAGAGAGUGUGUGUAUGUGUGUGUGUGUGUGUGUGUGUUGCUGGGUGCAGAUUCAAUACGCCUAUCGAUCAUUCGUGCGUGUUCAUACGACAUUCUUAUGACUGAGAUAGACAAAACAUUGAACAUUUCGCGUGCGAUGCCCGGUCGGAUACGCAGAACGUCUCGGGCGACGCAGGAUUUGUACGGACGUUCGCGAAAGGAUGCCAGAUA